AAGCUCCUACGGUACUUGAGGGUUUUUUAAUUUUCGGGUGGCUUGCGAACAAGUGUCGCGGUGUACCAAGGACCAUUCGUUCGUGCCUCGGACCAUCCUCGGGAGGAUCUUAGUGUUUACCGACGUUGAAUACCCAUCGCUAUACGUGCCUUACCAUUUGCCUCCCGUCGGCUUUACCGCGGGCACUACUUCCCGACAAAGCGCUCUUUGCACCGCGAGUAAACUGAACUUUUAUUUCCUGAAUGAAACCGCCCCCACAGACAGGAAUUAUAUAGAGUAUAGAGCAGAGGUGGUCGGAAAACUAGAUAAGAUACUUCGGACGUCGCUAUUCCUACCGACUUGUUGAACGGUUCACCGUCGGAGUUGCAUGUGCAAAAAAAUGGUUCACGGCCUCUGCCAUUCGCAAAAGCGGUGUGUGGAUUCCCCCCAGCACCUUCGCUCAUCCGGACCGGGUUGCUAUUCUCUCAGAGUUCACUCGGUGAACCGGGGACGCCCGAUGCGGGCGGUAAGUAAUUGAAACCACGUGAAACAGACAAUUCCUGAGAUAUACGCAGUGUACCCUCGUGGCAUGGUACCGCAGAUACCGGACCUUGAUAGGAUCAAUUUUCCCGAUUGCGGUCCAGACACAUCUCCGUAUCAUUCGUUUUUCCACUCAUUCCGCGUAGGUGUGUGUACAAUGUAGAUUUAUAUUUGAGCCGAUAAGCGAUGCUGUAUGAUCAACUUUUGCCGAGUCUCGUCGCACAACAGUUCAGGGAGUUUCGUAAGGCGACAGCUGUUUUUCACCUGGACUGUCGUGCGGAGAUCUGAUCUGAAAUUCGAUGGAAGUAUGAAAUACAAAACUACGAUAGGUCCGGGAAACAGGGAAGAAACGGCUGGUUUACUUUUCUUUCGUCGAGUAGAGAGCGAAGCACCCGGUAUAAGUCAGCGUUUCGUUGGCAAGUAUAGCUGAUAGUGGUAAGUGAUGGGCUGGAUAAUGUGCUGCAUCUACUUUGCGGAGAGUGGAGGGAGCCGAGAGGACUACUCAUGAGCAGACACGUUCUAUAGCUUCGAGCUCUUAUUAAGCAUCGUCCUUCUCGGACCGUCUUUGCCCUUCUCUCGUUCUUCGUUUCCAGCUUUUUCCAAACCAAACAUAGAUUUUCACAGAAGAACAAACUCCCGAUCUUCGUGCGCGUUAUAUCAUACCAUGGCUCAACCUUCGAACGACGAUUCGCGGGGUAGAGUCAACGAAGACGGAUGCAAAUAGUCCAUUUUCCUAUUUUCCGGCAAAGAAUAUCGAUUAGGUGGAGUCUUGUGAUUUGUAGAAGCUGCUGCCAACUCCACGAUGUGGUGAUGUAAGUACACGUGGGUAGACACGUCUCGGAUAUCAUGGACUAUACCGUAAUGCAGUGAUUAAUUGUCCUUUUGUCAUUAUCGUCCGCUCUCGGAUCUGGAUACUUAUGAAAGUUUGCGUUUCCAUUGACAUGGAGCGCGGGGGUAGGGGGAUAUCUAACGGUCCGUGGCAGUACAACCGUAAACAAUGGUGCAACGUGAAGUAUCUGCUUCAUACUCGUGAUCACGAGGGUGAGCUCUGGGAAUUGACGACAAUGCGAAUGUCUGGUUUGAUAAUCGAUUAAUUAUUGGUAUCUCUAUGCAUAACCCACCUGCAAUCUUUCCCCCGGCACAGUGGCAGAACGGUGAUUAUUUCAUUCGCGUGAAAGCUUCGAUUAGACGAAGGUACACCUUCAUUCUGGCUCUACGGCGUCGAGUAACGAUACGUCGAAUCUACGAAUAGUCGGACGCCCGUCCGAAUCUGAUAUUCCGGCUUUAGUUUUGCAAACAAUUCAGCUUAGAACCGUUUCCACGAUUCUGCCGGGAGCUUGUCAAGAGGUAGAUAUAAGCGAGAGCCUGGAGCCAGAACCGAGCGACGUCACGGAAUAUUCAGUGUAUCAGUUAGAGAAAAGCGGGGGAACGGGGUGAAGCUUGGUACCGAGAACGAACCACCCCAACAUCCCCCCGGUCGCUAUCAGGAGCAUUCUCCGCCAAUGGUGAGCUGUUAUCACCUUCGGUAGGGACCAAUCGGGAGCCUAUGCCGGACGAAGACAGGGCGCUCAAAUGCCUCUGCGGAGGGGUAGAAAGCUUAAGAAGACCGGAAUCGGUCGAGGAACGAACAUCGUCGGAUCCGCCGAGUGAAACGGGUGGUUCGUUCUUUCUCUUGUUUCCCUCGCUAUCGUACCAGGUGUAUCUCAUUCGUAUUCUUCGGAGGUCCCUUCGUAUCUUGAUUCCAAUAAAUUCCGGUAAUUGAAUAGAACCGAUUCUAUCAUGAGUGGUUCGGGAAAGGGACUCCUGGGCAUGUGGCUCUACAGAAGAGGUAAAGAAUGGGCGAUCAAGGAGGGAAGCCCGAUGCACAAGUCUCGUGACGUCCCGAUGACCGAGCGCGAGCCGAGCGAAGGAAACAAGAACUCCGUAGUCUUCUCCCUGAAGAAUCAAGUCGGCGGCUUGGCGCGUGCCUUGCAAGUCUUCCAGGACUUGGGCGUGAACGUGGUACACAUAGAAUCACGCCAAUCGGCUCAGCGUGGUUCGGAGUACGAAAUUCUGGUCGACGUGGAGUGCGACGGCAAGAGGAUGGAGCAGCUGAUGAGGAUGCUAAGUCGUGAGGUGGCAGCGAUAAAUUUGGCGCAAUUCGAGCAAACCGGAAACAUCCCUCAGCCACCGACUCUCUCGGCCGCUCCUAGCUUCGAUUUCAGUGAAGUGGACAUGCCAUGGUUUCCUCGAAAAAUUGCGGAUCUCGACCAGGCUCAGAAGGUGCUGAUGUACGGCUCCGAACUGGACGCGGAUCACCCCGGAUUCAAAGAUCCGGUCUACCGGAAACGUCGAGGAACAUUCGCAGAGAUCGCUAAUAACUACAGGCAUGGACAGCCGAUCCCCAAGAUACAAUACACUACAGAGGAGGUGAAGACUUGGGGCACGAUCUUUCGCGAGUUGCAUCAACUCUACUUGAAACACGCCUGCAAAGAGUAUCUCGAAAACUGGCCGAAAUUGGUCAAAUAUUGCGGAUACAGAGAGGACAACAUACCGCAGCUACAGGAUAUCGCCCUAUUUCUGAAACGAAUGACUGGCUUUCAACUGCGACCGGUUGCCGGUUAUCUUUCGCCACGAGAUUUUUUAGCGGGCCUUGCUUUUCGGGUGUUUCAUUGCACCCAGUACAUCAGGCAUUCCUCGGAUCCCUUUUACACUCCUGAGCCCGAUUGCUGCCACGAGCUACUGGGACACAUGCCUCUGCUCGCUAACCCGAGCUUUGCUCAAUUUUCUCAGGAACUGGGUCUGGCUUCACUCGGAGCUGCCGACGAGGACAUCGACAAGUUAGCUACGCUGUACUUUUUCACGGUGGAGUUUGGUCUUUGCAAACAAGACGGUGCUCUGCGUGUCUAUGGCGCAGGUCUCUUGUCCUCAGUUGCCGAGCUGAAGCACGCCAUCGGUACACCUGAGAAGACCUUCAGAUUCGAACCUGACGUCACUUGCAAGCAGGAGUGCAUCAUAACGGCCUUCCAGAAUGCCUAUUACUACACAGAAAGUCUGGAAGAGGCCAAGGAAAAAAUGCGAGCCUUCGCAAAUCAGAUACAACGCCCCUUCGGUUUACGUUACAAUCCUUACACUCAAUCGGUAGAAGUUUUGACGGAUGCACAGAAAAUCACGGCCCUAGUCAGCGAGCUUCGAGGUGAUCUCUGCAUAGUUUCCAAUGCGUUGCGAAAAAUUCACGAGCAGGACGAUACCGUUGACGUGGAAAGAAUUACAAGCCUUCUAACGCAGGGAAUUGACCUGCCCCAGGAGUCGUCGCCGGACAGUGACGAGGACGAUAGGAGCCCAAACAUCGAGGAGUCUCAAGGUAACAGGGAGGACCCUGGUGGGAAUGACGGCGAUUUUCAUUCACCUCUCGACUUUGUAUCGAGGCAACGUUAAAUUGAAUUUCAAAUCCGGUCAUCGCUUUCGCAAACCUAUUACGAUGUGUGUCUGUAUUAUGUGUAAUUCAUGUUAGAGUGUAUAUAUAUAUAUAUGUAACAAGA